GCUUCGUACCCGCCCGCUCGUUUUUAUUAGUGUUUUUUACCGGUUGGACGCUCAAUUUUGCAGAUAUUAUCUUGUUUAAUUCAUGGAGUGUGUUAGCCUCAUGCAUGACUGAAUAAUUACUAUUUCAACUCGCAAUGAGCAAGUCGAAGGUUUCAGCAGAAUGGAAGAAACGCGUGAAGUCCGAAUAUAUGCGUCUCCGCCAAGUGAAGCGAUUCAAAAGAGCGGAUGAAGUGAAGGUAGCAUGGGCGCGAAACUUGCGUCUAAUGUCGGAGGCUCUGGAAACGCGCGAUGCAGAGUUAGCGGAGCGCGGGCGGCGACCUUUCUGGCCUCCGCCGGCGCCAAGUCCGAGCCAUGAGGGGCUCAUGAAGAAGGCUGAAGUAACCUGCACUGAUGCUUCUGGCAUAGUCACAACCCAGCAAGUACCGAUCCAUAUAAUCAAUUCAGUCAACCCAAUCCCCACAAUGUACACAUGGGCUCCGACGCAGAAGAACUUCAUGGUGGAAGACGAGACGGUCCUGCACAACAUCCCAUACAUGGGGGACGAGGUCCUGGAUCAGGACGGUACUUUCAUCGAGGAGCUCAUUAAGAACUACGACGGGAAAGUGCAUGGCGACAAGGAAGGCGGUUUCAUCGACGACCAGUUAUUUGUGGAGCUGGUUCACGCGCUCAUGACCUACCAGACGCGUGACGAAGUCGCCGACGAGCGGCGUGAGAAAGAAUCAAACAAAGAGCUAAAAGACAAGGAAAAAGAAAAAGACAAAGAUAAGGAAAAGGACAAAGAUAAAGAAAAGGAGAAAGACAAAGAAAAGGAGAAGGACAAAGAAGGAGCAGACUUGGAGAAGCAGUUCCCCAUCUUUAUCAUCUUCCAGGCCAUCUCCUCGCAGUUCCCCGAUAAGGGCACGCCGCAGGAGCUCCGGGAGAAGUACAUCGAGCUAACAUCCCGCAGCGACCCGGACGCGCUGCCGCCGGAAUGCACGCCCAACAUCGACGGGCCUCUCGCCGAGAGCGUCGCCAGAGACCAGACCAUGCACUCCUUCCACACACUGUUCUGCCGACGCUGCUUCAAGUACGACUGCUUUUUACACCGCUUGCAGGCGUGCCACCCAGGGCCCAACCUGAACAAACGAAAGGGCCCUGACCUGAAGCCCUUUUCUGAACCUUGCGGGCCCAGCUGCUACAUGUUGUUGGAUGGCAUAAGAGAGAAGCUAGCGCGCGAAAAAGCUGCCGGCGAAGAAGACAAGGGCAAGUCCAACUCGAUGGACUCGCCCAACGACGCUUCUUCAGAAGACAGCAACGAUAGCAACCGGUUUCCGAAGGGCGGCAGCAGCGCGGCCGGCUGGAGCGGCGCGCUCGCCAAGCCCGGCGCGCCCGUCGAGCCCGCGUACAACGCGCUCGGUCUGACAGUGGGCGACAUCCAGUCCGAGUGGACGGGCUCGGACCAGUCCCUCUUCCGCGCUCUACACAAAGUGUUCGCAUGUAACUACUGUGCCAUCGCGCAGGUCAUGCUCUCCAAGACUUGCCAACAGGUAUACACAUACUGGAUCAACACGGGGCAAGAAGAAUGCCGAGUGGAAGCCGAACUCACCCCGCCCCGCAAGAAGAAGAAGAAGCAUCGCCUCUGGUCCGUGCACUGCCGCAAGAUACAGCUCAAGAAGGACUCCAACUCGCAUCACGUAUUCAACUACACUCCGUGCGAGCACCCGAACCAGCCGUGCGACUCGAUGUGCCCGUGCCUGCAGUCGCAGAACUUCUGCGAGAAGUUCUGCCAAUGCUCCAGCGAUUGUCAGAAUCGGUUCCCCGGCUGCCGCUGCAAGGCGUCGUGCAACACGAAGCAGUGCCCGUGCUACCUCGGCGUCCGGGAAUGCGAUCCCGACCUCUGCAUACAGUGUGGGGCGGACAGUCCGGUCUGCUGCCGUAACGUGUCCGUACAACGUGGCCUUCACAAGCACCUACUCCUAGCGCCAUCCGACGUAGCCGGGUGGGGCAUCUUCCUCAAAGAGGCCGCGCACAAGAACGAGUUCAUCAGCGAGUACUGCGGCGAGGUGAUCUCGCAGGACGAGGCCGACCGCCGCGGCAAGGUGUACGACAAGUACAUGUGCUCCUUCCUGUUCAACCUGAACAACGAUUUCGUGGUGGACGCGACCCGUAAAGGCAACAAGAUCCGUUUCGCGAACCACUCCAUCAACCCCAACUGCUACGCCAAGGUGAUGAUGGUGAACGGCGACCACCGCAUCGGCAUCUUCGCCAAACGAGCCAUCCAGCCAGGAGAGGAGCUCUUUUUCGAUUACAGAUACGGGCCGACGGAACAACUCAAAUUCGUGGGCAUCGAGCGCGAGAUGGAAUUCUUAUGAGAACAAACCAAACUGCAACGCGGCCUCCCCCCGCGCACCCCCUCCACCCCCGCGAGCAGCAGCGGCAGCAACGGACACAAGCCCAGCACCCGGGGCCACGCAGCGGGGACCAGCAGCGGCAAUACUGAAAGUAACGGGAACUCCGGGGGAAAUGCUGGCAGUAACGGGAAUUCUCGGAGUAGUGGGGGCAACGGGACGAGCACGAAUACGCGUAGUAGGCCGGUUUCUGUUAUUAGCAGGAGGAGCAGCAGCGGGUCGGUGCGGGCCACGCGCUCGCGGCCGUACGUGCGGCCCACGGGCCGCGACCGGCUCACGUGGCGGUACAACCAGUAAACCUGAGGUACCGCCACGUGACCCUGGUGACCUGGUACUUACUUACCUAUACACAGGUUAUCUGUACCCUGUAUGGUAUAAAGAAGCAUGCCGGUAUUCGAGCAUGUAAUCGGCAAGUUUGGAGCAAGUAACAGCAGUCUGUGUCUUUACACAAGUCGAGUCGUCUUAACGACUGCGCCGUGCUACCUUUACUAGUACUUACUUGCGAGUCAAUUUUGACACUAAUCACUUUAAUACAUUUUGUACCAGAAGGCAAUUCAAGGUUUUGAUAUAAUAAAGUUUGUCAAAGGACUGUCUCAUUUCAAUCAUAGACAGAGAAAGUCAUACUAUCUUUGUCUUAGACUAGUACUAGCACCCAAAAGAAAAGGAUGAGUAUAGUUUUCCUGGUUCUUAUUGACUGACAAAGUUGGUUUGACUAUAUGUACUGAAUUGGCAGGUUUAGACAUUGGCGGAUUCUAAGCGGCUAAAAAUAGUGUCAAACAAUUAAAAAAAAAUUGCCACUAUAAUGAGCAUUUGCUUGGGUCGUCCGUCCGUCAUGUCUCCUAUUCGUUGAAGGAUGAGUGUUGUAAUGUAUGGGACAUCGAACAUGUCUUUUGUUUUUGGUCUCUUUUGAAAAUGGUUUUAGACGAGCUGUGAAACACUCAAUAUUCAUGUUAUGUUCCACUAGUUUUUAAGAUGUUUAAAUGACAGACUAUAUUUCCUGUCCUAGUACAUAAGGAUUUUUCAGUCACAAUAGCUAUUAACAUCACAUAACGCAUAAAACUUACACUCAAUACGAGUAGCAAUGACAACGGGUACAGAUGUAGUGCAUAAUUAUUUUCCGAAAGUGUCUUGCUAUUUCAGUCGGUCUCGGUACAAAAAGUAGUACAUUGACUGAACUAGCAUGACAAACACGAACGUUUCCGAGAAAAUGCGAUGGAAAACAAUUAUGCACUAAAUCUCUACGAACUGUAUUCUUUUGGCAAGACCAGAUGCCUCCUUUUUAGAGGCAAAUGGUGUUGCUCAACAUGAUAGUGAGCAGAAACAUAGAACACUUUUUCCAUCGUGUACCCGUUUUUAAUGUUCUUUGCUAUAUUUGUAAUGUAUUAUGAACGAUAUAAGACAUAAACUGUGUUUUCUGUUCCUUUUGACUUAUAUGUAUGAUUAAGACUUUGUACUUUUACAUGUUAAUAAAACCAAUGAAAUAUCAUA